AUGGCAAGACGACAAUCGAUAGAGGCAGUCGACCGCACCUUGCAAGACAUCACAGGCAUACCUCUCCCAUUUGGUGGAAAAACAAUGGUAAUGGGAGGAGACUUCAGGAAAAUGCGGUUGACCACAAAUAUGAGGGCAAUCAACGAUCCAUGGUUCUCAGACUUCCUAUUACGAGUAGGAGAUGGAACACAACCAUCAACAGAUGGAACAUACAUCUGCAUCCCUGCAGACAUGACAAUCCUCUUUACCACCAAAGAGGAGUCAAUUAAAGAACUCAUUAACGCAAUCUUCCUAUCACUACGUACAAAUGUCCAACCCACUGAAUAUAUAACAUCACGAGCAAUCUUAACAACUAGAAACGAGACCGUCGACGAGAUCAAUGACCAUAUGAUAGACCUUUUCCAGGGGGACGCAAAAGUAUACUACAGUUUUGACACAGCGGACGACGACAAACAAAACCUCUAUCCAACCGAGUUCCUCAACUCACUGACUAUCAGCGGGUUACCACCUCACAAGCUUCGCCUGAAAACUGGAUGCCCCAUAAUAUUGCUUCGAAACAUCGACCCGUCAAAUGGUCUAUGCAACGGCACACGACUUAUAUGUAAGGCAUUCGCACCCAACGUAAUUGAUGCUGAAAUAGCAAUCGGUGACCAUAAGGGGAAAAGAGUUUUCUUACCAAGAAUACCCAUGUGCUUAUCGGAAGAUGACAUGUUACCUUUCAAACUAAAGAGAAAACAAUUCCCCAUCCGGCUUAGCUUCUCGAUGACAAUCAACAAAUCGCAGGGUCAAACUAUACCAUACGUUGGUAUCUACCUCCCGGAAUCUGUGUUCUCGCAUGGGCAGCUUUACGUCGCAUUGUCAAGAGGCAAGUCACGUGAAAACACAAAGGUCCUUGUCCACCCGGAUAAAAAAUUUACACAGCUUGGCGUUUACACCUCUAAUGUUGUCUAUCGCGAAGUUUUGCAACCCUGA